UCUGCGUCGGUUGCACGUGCGGCUAACUCGCACGGGACUCUCUGUACAUAACAUAAAAGUUGUUAAGGCGUGCUUCUAUGUUUCGCCACAGCUCUCCUCUGUGAACAACUCAGAAAAAAUGCGAACCAGGGCCGAGUCGAAGCGACGGAAACAAUCUCCAGGAACUCUUGCUGACAUAUCAGAGGAAGCGGUAGGCAGACUUCUAAAGCGUGCGAAUAAGCGCAGCUGUUCUGGGAAAAAGAAACAUGAUAAUAUCUCCAGCCGACAUGAUUCAAUAGACACGCCAGAGAUUGGACCAAAUAGAAAUGACAAGCUAGAUGUGGAUCCAAGGGACAAAUGGAAUAUUUCAGAGGUUGAAGGUUGUAAUAGAGAUGCACUACAAAAGACUGCAGGAGAAGAGAGAGUUGACAGGGAAAGUAUACAGAAUGCUUCCCCUGAAAAUGUGAACGAAUUGAAUGACUUGGAUUGGGAAGAUGGUUCAAUUCCCAUUUUGGGCUCUACAACCAAUCUUCCUGUUACUAUUGAAAUUAGCGAGACACCAAAUUCCAAUAGAAGGAAACCUGCUCGUCGAUCUUCUGCUGAGGAUAAGGAACUGGCAGAGCUUAUGCAUAAGGUUCAUUUGCUUUGUUUGCUUGCACGGGGCAGAUUAAUUGACAGCGCUUGUGAUGAUCCCCUUAUUCAGGCUUCUUUGCUUUCACUUCUCCCAAAACACUUGUUGAACACGUCAAAGGUCACACAACUCACGGCAACUGCAUUGUAUCCCCUUGUCCACUGGUUUCAAAAUAACUUCCACGUUAGAAGCUCAACCAGUGCAGAGAGGUCAUUUCGAUUGGGUUUGGCCUUUGCUCUCGAAACUCGUGAAGGGACUCCAGAGGAGAUUGUUGCAUUGUCUGUGGCACUAUUUAGAGCUUUGAAUCUUACAACCCGGUUUUUGUCCAUUUUGGAUGUUGCCUCAUUAAAACCAGAUGCUGGUGAGUCUGAAAUUUUCAGUCAAGAUGCAAGCAGAUUGAGUAAGGGGAUAUUUAAAAGUUCAACUCUAAUGGUGGCUAGACCAAACAAGGCUUCUGUCUCUCCCGUUAAAUCAUUUUCAAGCAAUGCAAUAGACAAUAUCUGUGAAACUUCUCAGAGGGGUUCAUGCAAAAGCCAGGACAGCUAUUCUGCGUGUGGCAUCACUCAAUCUGAAGGAUCUUCUGUUGCUGGUGACUUGGAUAAUAAGAUGUCAGAUUCAUUAGCUUGUGAGGCAGGACAUGAUACCUCUGAAGAAUGCCUUACCAAGAAAGUCCAGGGAACAAAGAGGAAAGGGGAUCUUGAGUUUGAGAGGCAGUUGGAAAUCGCUCUUUCUGCAACAGCAGGUGUGACUCUGGAGAACAAAAUACAGUCAAAUGCGAGAGACUUAGAUGGUAAUUCUAUGGAUUUUUCUUCUCCUCUGAAAAGAGUGAAAAGAAUUGUAAGUGAAGAAUCUCCUUCUUCCCAGGGGAUCUCUACUGCAGUUGGCUCAAGAAAAGUAGGGUCUCCUUUAUAUUGGGCAGAAGUGUACUGCAGUGGAGAAAACUUGACAGGAAAGUGGGUGCAUGUUGAUGUUGUUAAUGCAGUUGUUGAUGGGGAGCAGAAGGUUGAAGCUAUGGCUGCUGCAUGCAAAACAUCUUUGAGAUAUGUGGUAGCUUUUGCUGGACGAGGGGCUAAAGACGUGACACGCAGGUAUUGUAUGAAGUGGUACAAGAUAGCAUCACUGCGAGUUAAUUCAAUUUGGUGGGAUGCAGUAUUGGCUCCACUGAAAGAGUUAGAGGCUGGUGCCACUGGAGGCAUGGUCCAUAUGGAUAAGCAACAAAUUGAGAGCACAACUGAACACGAGAAAGCAAAAACAUCUAGAGAGUUGGGUAAUCCAAAUCAGGAUGUUGUUCCAGGUGAUGCCAUCUUGCAUGCAAAGUCAACCCUAGAAGUCGUGAAAGAAUAUGGCAAGAAGAUUGACAUAGAAUCUUCUGUGAACAAUUCUUUUGUUGCUACCAGAAGCUCUCUUGAGGAUAUGGAGUUGGAAACUAGGGCAUUAACUGAGCCUCUUCCAACUAAUCAGCAGGCCUACAGAAGUCAUCAACUUUAUGCCAUUGAAAGAUGGCUUACUAAAUAUCAGGUACUUUAUCCAAAGGCACCUGUUCUUGGCUUUUGUUCUGGCCAUCCGGUUUACCCACGUAGUUGCGUGCAAACACUAAAGACAAAAGAAAGAUGGCUACGGGAAGGGCUGCAAGUUAAAGCCCAUGAACUUCCUGUGAAGGAGUUGAAACGUUCUGUAAGGCUUCCCAGAGUAUCUGAUCCUGAGGAUGAUGAAUGUGGUGGUGGUAAUUACGAAGGAACAAUUCAACUUUAUGGGAAGUGGCAGUUGGAAGCAUUGCAUCUGCCUCGUGCUGUUGAUGGCAUCGUGCCAAAGAAUGAACGUGGUCAAGUGGAAGUUUGGUCUGAGAAAUGCCUCCCACCUGGGACAGUGCACUUGAGGUUACCGAGGGUGUUCUAUGUUGCCAAGAGACUGGAGAUUGAUUAUGCACCUGCCAUGGUUGGUUUUGAAUUCAGAAAUGGACGUUCACAUCCCAUCUUUGAUGGUAUUGUGGUGUGUGCUGAGUUCAAGGAUGCAAUAUUAGAGGCAUAUGUAGAGGAAGAAGAAAGAAGAGAGGCCGAAGAGAAGAAAAGGAACGAAAUGCAAGCUAUUUCUAGGUGGUAUCAGCUUCUCUGUUCCAUCAUAACUCGGCAAAGGUUGAACAACCGUUAUGGUGACAGUUCAUUAGCACAAACCUCCACUGACAUCCAACGUAAUAGCAGAUUAUGUGCACCGGCUGGCGGAUGUGAUGGGGAUAGGCAAUCUCUUGUACGCCAACAAGAAGGUACACAUCGUGCUAAGUUGGAUGCUUCAUCAACUGCCUUGUCUGAAGACCACGAACAUGUAUUCUUGACAGAGAACCAGAGUUUUGAUGACGAGAGUUUGGUGCUGAUAAAGCGAUGCCAUUGUGGAUUUUCAGUCCAAGUGGAAGAAUUGUAGCAUCUAUCUUGAAUUUCCUGGGGCCACCCACCCAUCUGUAGAAAUUUUUUAUACAUGCAAAGUAGAUUUUACACCAGCGCCUUUAAAAGAAUUGCAAUCUAUGUACAUCCAUUUAGGACUGAUUCUAUGGCCAAGGCCCAACUUGGAACUUCCUGCAA